CGUAUAUUUCCGUUUUCCUUCGCGAAGAGAGGAGCGGGUGCAUGUCUGUGCCAAGCUUUGCCUUGUCAUUGUAUCCAGAGAGAAACGCGUGGUCAGCGGCACUAGCGACAGCUCCACUGCAGCGGAACCGGUACAUGGUGGUGUGUGAAGUCAGACUUUAAGCCAGACAUGGACACAGAACAGAGAGCUGAAGAGGUUUUAGACUCUCCAGAGACUCCACAGCGAGAGGAGGCCAAAAUGGAAACUGAGGUUGUGUCAAAAGUGGAGGCGCAAGAGGACUUCACAGAGUCCGAGAAGGCGCCAGCUGCUGGGGAAGAUGCCGAGCAGCUGGCAGUGAACGGUCACGAUACAGAAGUCCCAAACCGGCAAGAAACGGAAGAGUUGAUUGUCGCGCUGUCUGAGGAAAUGAACGAAAUGGAGAUUGAGGACGUCUUGCCCGGAGAAAAAGAUGACGUGGAGUCGGUGCCCGCUGCGGUGGCCCCACCAGAUUCAGACGAGUCAUCUGAAAAGAUCUCUGACCCAGCUGCAGAAACGGAAAGCAUGCAGCCGGUGCCAGAGAACGACCCAGAACCGUUGCCUGUGCAAACACCUCUGACUGAGAGUACGCCAGAGCCAGAGAAAUUGGCAGAAUUGGUUCCACAGGCUGAACUACAAGAUCAAACAUUACCAGCGCUGCAGCCGCCAGUAGAUGCACAACCACCCGGCCAAGAGGAGAAAGGGUCAGAACAAGUGGGAACUGAGACAGAAUUGCAGACUCCGAUGGAUACCGGGGCAGAGGAAGUUUCCAAAGAGGUCGCGGCUGAGCCUACAAUGGAGGCGAAAGAAGAAGAAAAACCAGCAGAGACGGUAGUGUUGGCGGCCGAGGCUGCCUCAGCAAAGCCGACGGAGACCGUGAUAUUAAAGGAGGAGGCGACCACUGAAAGUGUGGCACUUGCAAAGGACGAGAAGGAAACUGAAGCAGCAGAAGGUGUUGAAUCUGAGAAGAUUGACGCUGAGCCUCAAAAGGAAGAGGACGCCGUCCCUACACCUGGCUCCCUGUCCUUUGCCCUCCUGGAACAAGAGCAGACCAAAGACGCCCUGCGAACGUCUCGUACCCUUGUUGUCCUCAAAGGCCUUCCAGGAAGCGGUAAAAGCUUCUUGGCACGCGCCAUAGCCGACGCCUACAAAGGCCACUGCUCCGUCUUCUGUGCCGACGACCAUGGUGUGAAGCUGGAGAAUCCAGAAUCCUCCGUGGAAGGGUACCAGGCUCUGGAUGAGGCGGUGGUGGCCUGCUGCAGUGCCGGAACGGCGUCCUCUGUGCUGAUGGUGGUGGAUGACACUAACCACACCCAGGACCGCCUGGCCCGUUUGGGGGAGAUCGCCAUGCAGCAGAGCCUCGUCGUGGUCUUUUUGGAGCCACGUACGGAAUGGAGCCGAGAUCCAGCACAGCUCAGCAAGAAGAACAAGCGUGGACUGGAGGAGGCCCAACUGGAAGCCAUGCGAGGUUCACUUGAGGAAAUGUCCAUUCCGCUUUACUUUGGCUGGUUUCUUCUCUCCUCCAUCCAGGACAAGGUUAGGUGCACGUCAAUGGACUUCCUGAAAACUCUGGACACCUUGGAGGCCUUCAAGAAACACUUGAUUGAUUUCACUGGGAAAGCUGAGAAGGAGGUGGAUUUGGAGCAAUACUUCCAAGCUAAAGGAACCCUCCACUGCACUACAGAAUUCUGUGACUAUGGCAAAGUAGAGGGCUCCAAGGAGUAUGCAAAUAAUCCAGCUGUUAAAGAGUCCUAUGGUUCUGCAUUCGAGCUGUCACUCAGUGCCCUCUUUGUGACUCCUCGCACUGUUGGUGCCAGAGUGUCUCUCUCCGAGGAGCAGCUUUUGCUGUGGCCAGCUGAUGCUGAGAAGGAGGGGGAGUCUGCCUCCCUGCCUCUGGGAAGCCGCGCCCAUGUUACUCUGGGGUGUGCCGAGGGUGUGGAGCCCGUUCAGACGGGCCUGGAUCUGCUCCAAAUCCUGGCCCUGCAGCAGGAAGGCCAGCAGGGGGAGCUCAUCGAGGAGAUGGAGCUCGGCUCGCUGACCUACUACGGUGAGGGAAGGUGGCUGCUCGGUCUCCGAGAGCCCAUCUGCGCCCCGGCCUGCUUCUCCAGCUUCUACGGGCGCAAGGAGCUCGAUCCGACCAAAAAAGAACCAGAGAAGAAAAAGAAGCCUAAGUGCGCCAUACUGUAAAUGGCAAACGCGGGGAUGUGUCUCUAGGAUGACUGGUGAAUUAAGACUUAGGCUUCCUCUGUGCAAAGUGUGUAUGUUUGUGCAGCGUUUAGGGUUCAGUUAUGGCCACCCUAAAUCUACAAGCUGUGUGCCUUUUUCUUUCUUUUUUUUUUUUUACUGUUGAUUUGCACCACAACCCAAGAUGCCUUCAACAACGUUAAGUAUCUUGUUUCACAUAUCGGUGCCAGAGUUGCAGUCCCUGGCUGCUUGCUGAGGCGUUAGCUGCAGUUUUAGAAGGUAGUAUAGCCUCUUCCCGUCGCUCCACACUUCUCAAACUUAGAGUUCCUCCUCUACAGUAGUCAUUGUCUGUCAAGAUUCAGAUGUGAAUAACUAGGUACUUUCAUUGCAUGCAUCACAGGUAAAAAAAACAACGUUGUUUGUCAUACAUGACAUUCGAUUUGCAUUUUAAGCAAUGCAUAUUCAUUCAAUUAAGCAUAGUAACAAAUGUCUUCCCUGCUAAAAGUACAUCUCCAGCUUCAUGAUGUGUUUCCUUUGGCUUUGUUGUAAGUGAAGAAAAUAGCUGGCAUGUCUGUAUAAGUGUGUGCACUGCCUAGGAAGUAGUUAUUGCAAUAGCUUAUGGGCCAAAGUUAUCUAUUUGAUUAAGUGUAUUAGAAUGACUGUCAUUCAUAGAGGUCCUUCCUUGUAAAAUAUUUGCACUGUGCAUAGUUUGAAAGGGAGAAUACUGAUGAAUUUGUCAUUUCUUUCUGCAGCUUGCACUUAAUACUUCUCAAAUGCUGUGAACCCAACUUCAUGUUUUGCAACCUUUUCUACUGCGCAAGACUGCACCGUUGAUCCCUAUUUUUAUUCUCUUUGAACGGCACUUCAUGUAUUGCAUUUCGAUUUGUAUCCCCUGUGACUGUAAUUUUUGAAGGGCAAUUCCUACUUUGUGUAGCUCUUAUGAAUCACUAUUUUUGCACUUGUUUUCUACACUUAAUAAAAAAGAACAUGCUUUGCUCCAGUA